AUGGCCUUCGGUGUUCCUACUCCCAAUGUGUCUGUAGUGGAUCUAACUUGCCGCCUAGAGAAAGCUGCCAAAUAUGAUAUUAAGAAGAUGGUGAAGCAAGCUGCAGAGGGACCGUUGAAGGGCAUCUUGGGCUACACAGAGGAUCAGGUUGUAUCCUGUGACUUUAACAGUGACACCCACUCUUCUACCUUCGAUGAUAGCACUGGCAUUGCCCUCAACAACCAUUUUGUCAAGCUCAUUUCUUGGUAUGACAAUGAGUAUGGUUGCAGCCACCAUGUAGUAGACCUCAUGAUGUACAUGCCCUCCAAGGAGUAA